CACCAGGGAGCUUUUGAAAAAUACCAGUGCCUAGGCCCCAUUCACAGAAGUUUUAAUUUAAUUGGUCCACAUGAAACCCAGGUAGAAUUAAUUUUUGAAAGCUACUCUUCCCCCCCCCCCCCCAGGGAUUCUAAUGUGCAGGCUGGGUUAGCCACAGCUAUAGAUCUGGGACCUUAAGAACUGUAUAUCCUUCGAUAUACACAGUGCUUGAAACAUGGGGCUUACAGCAAAUCCUCCCCAAAUGAAAGACAGAGAGGAUUUCUCCUCCAACCUUGUCAACCCUUGUGGUGUGGUUCCUCCUUCCUCUCAGGCCUCCCUUUCACCCUGAGCACUGCACUUAGCCGCCCUCCGUUAACCACAUCCAUGCUCUGGGUGGUCUCUCCUGUGUGCACAGACCGCUGCUCCUAUAGCUGCUACAGCUGGGCAUCCGGGUACCAACUUUUCCUGGCAGCCGCCUUAGUCUGAGAAGGAGGCAGCUCUCUCCAUCAGCAGCCAGGCUCAGCUCUUGUGCCUGAGCUACCCACCCUGCCCAGUGUGAGAGAAGAGCAGUGGGAGGGGUAGCUUUCCACAUGCUUGCUCGUCCACAUGCAGCUACAAUUCCGAAAUGGACUCUGCAGUAUCCAUUCAAUGGCACAGCGCCUGGGCUAACCGACAAGCAACCCACAGACAAACGUUUUGCUUCUCCCGCCCAAAGGCAGACGACGUAGCUUCCCUGAUUCCUCGGACAACUGUGAGUGUGAGACAUGCCCUGUCGAUGUCACAAGAAUGAGUCAGUGGUCAGUACAUCAUCUACAGAGAUGACAUCAUCCGAUAUCCUUCCGUCUGAUUCUGUCCCCUGGUCAAAGGUCACCUGCACAAGGCCAGCUCUGUGGGCAUGUGACCUGUGCAGUUGCCCAGGACACCACACCUUGUGCUCAGAAGGGCCCUGCACUUGGUUUUGCCAUCUGCGGUGGCUAUCGUGACAUUCGGGACAGUCUUGGAACACAAGGCCCCAUUUUCGUUUUGCACUGGGUCCUGCAUCGUGUCCGAUCCUGGUCACGCAGGGUCUCUUACGAAAUCCAGCAAGGUUUUCCUUCUCAGGGAGCGCUCCACAGCAUAGGACCGCAGCCUCCUCUGUGCAGAUCUCUGUGGUACCCAACGCUUCCACUAACCCCGUGAGCCUCAGGGGACGGUGAUGUAACUCGGUGGCUUGGGCUGCACAUGACGGGUGGGAUCAAGAGGCCCUGGGGAAUGGUGUCCCAGCCCUCCUUGGCUCUCAGGCGUGACAGAGAGUUAGAAGUACCAACUUUGGAACCUAGUGUCCCAACAAAGUGAGGGAACCGGAGUCAGCUGCAAUCCAGAACAUAAAAUUGGCAGGACAACUUGUAGACAACCGUAUCUGACGUUGGGCACCUUGCAGAACCCCUUCCACCUCCUAGAGGGGCCAUCUACCAACAGUGCAGAGAACAAACUAAAAUGGAACCACCAUGCCCCUUGCCAGGUAAGAGGGCUGGGCACCCUGUGAGGAGCAGAAAACGAGGUCCUCCAGGGUGAGACGAGUUUUCCCAGGAAAAGGCUGAGACAGGUUGCUCCAGAGUGCAGGAGAGUGGAGGGAGGGGUGGGGCUAGGGGAAGCUGGAGGCAAUGGAUGUGAGAUUGAGCCCACCCAGUUUUGCCCGUACGUCUGCCAAGCGAGAAUCCUUCUGCUGGGUCAGGCUCUGGGUAACAGAAGGCUCUCCUCGCCGGCUGAGAAGGGAGGGAUGGAAGAUGACAGCAGCAGGUCAUGGGAGGGGAGCCCGGGGCAGGGAAUGGAAAUGGCGCCUGGCCUCCCCAGGCAGAGUUCAUCAGGGUCCAGGAUCUGCCCUCUCUUGGCAUCGUCUAGCCAGGCCAUGGCUCAGGUAUCUGAUACCUGGGGCCCAGAGUCACAUGCCAGGAAACCCAACACUCUUGGGUCCCAACCCCCAACUUCCAGCAGCUAUGAGCAAGCAGGACUUCUGGAGAAGGAAGCGGGUCUCCAGAGCGGAGCAACAGGAAGGCUACUUCCGGGAGGGGGCAGCCCAGGAGAAGGCUCUCCCCACAACAGAGUGCCAACUGGCCUUCUGGUGCCCACCUGGCCCACCUGGCAGCCACCCAGAUCCUGCUCCAUUCCAGGACUAUGCCAGUCUGUGGCCAUGCUCGCACCAGCCUGUCACCUCCUGUCCCUGCUGCUGGUGAUGGGCACAGGGGGUACCAUGCCCAGUCCCCAGGGACCUCCCCAGGGCUGCUACGUGGCAGAGGAAGCUGGUGAGCAAACAUUCCGCUGCAGCCAGGCAGGCCUGACUGCUGUGCCCACUGGCAUUCCCAACGACACCCGCAAGCUCUACCUGGAUGCCAACCGGCUAGCAUCGGUGCCAGCCGGUGCCUUCCAGCACCUGCCUGUUCUGGAGGAGCUGGAUCUGUCCCAUAAUGUCCUUGCCCACCUCUCGGGGGCUGCUUUCCAAGGCCUGGCGGGCACACUGCGGCACCUCGACCUCUCUGCCAACCAGCUGGCUUCCGUGCCCGUGGAGGCCUUUGUGGGGCUGCAGAUCCAAGUGAACCUGUCUGCCAACCCAUGGCGCUGCGACUGUGCCCUCCAAGAGGUUCUCCGACAGGUGAGGCUGGCACCGGGCACGGGGACAGGCAUCGUGUGUGGCCCUGGAGCCCGACCAGACCUCGUGGGGCAGGAGUUCCUGCUGCUGGCAGGGGAGGAAGAGCUGUGUGGGACGGGGCGGGGCGGGGCCCGGCGGAGCACAGACGUGGCCCUGCUGGUCACCAUGGGGGGCUGGCUGGCCCUGGUGGUGGCUUACCUGGCCCACUACGUGUGGCAGAACCGGGAUGAGACCCGACGUCCCCUCAAGAGGGCCCCCGUGCCGCCACCGGUGCGCUCCGAGGAGGACUCCUCCACCCUCAGCACUUUGGUCUGAUGGCCAGGUCCCCUCCUCUGGCCCCACACCCCACACUCUUUCCCCUGGGCUCUCUCUCUUGUCCUCUGACCCCCUCUGCCUCCUCUGCAGCCUCGCCCCACCCCCCAAAUCCCACCCCGCUCCCUCCUCUGUCUCUCCUAUCCUCCUGAUCGCUCUCUUUCAGCCAACACUGUUAUUGGUGCCUAGAGUUUUGGGUGCCGGCUUUGAGCCCAGAUUGUGUGAGCCUCAAAGCUCCCGAGGGCACCGUGGUGAGGGGGGACUGCAGAACAGAGAAUGUAGGUGGCACGUGUGCCCACGCAGAGGCAGGGCAGACAGCUGUGUGGCUGAGCUGAUCUCCAAGGCUUCACUGUAUGGAAGUCUGAGUGAACUCUUCCAGAAUGCUAAGGGCUUCGGACAGAAGAGAGAGGACCCUCCUGAAAGGGGGUGAACAAAGGCAAAGAAGAUGGGAAACCACUUGGAAAGUCUGGGCAGCACCAAGCCCUACCCUGGAGAUGAAACAGAGAUUGCAAAGGAGGGCAUGGAGAUGAAGGGACCAAGCUGGAGGUGGGGUCAGAAAAUUGGAGUGCAGUCAGAUUGAGAAGGACCCUGCGGGCUCCUCCUCUCUCUCACCUCUACUGAGAAGUUCCUCCCUCACAUAUGCCUCUCUCUUGGCCCCAGGCUCCUCCCCCUAGGUCCUCUUUUGGGGAACCCCUGGCUUAGGGCCCCAUGGUUCCUUUUCCAGAGGCUCCCCAUUUUUCUGCUCUCUCCAUAUAUUGAAGGGUUUCCUAAACUCUUUCCCUUGGGGGUGUAGUGGUCUCCUCUAUGCCUGAGCUGGGGAUGGGUCCCUCACCGGGGAACUGGGGGCAGGGGUGGGAGGAUUAGAAGGUUGCCCACACCCGGAACAUCACCCCAAGACAACUCAAUAAAGCC